CGUUAUCACUAAGCAGCGUUGUUGUAGCUUUGGCGCCUUUCUUUUUGCUGCUCAUACAAAAUGAACGUCAUAAUUUUCAAUGGAAAAGAAUAGGGCGAAUGUAAAUAUUUCUACAUAACGACCCUCUUUGCACACGAAAUGCAAUUAAACUGUAUUCAAACUGAGGCUGAUUCAGAAUGAGGCUUUAAAUUGAUUUUUACGGGCUGAAACUAUUACUGGUCUCUAAAAAGUGAAGACAUGGUUUCUAAAAGUAAAGCCAUAGAAAUGGUUAUUUUCUCUUACGUUUAUUUUCAUCUUUUUGCGGCUGUAUAUGGGAUAGCAACCAGCUUCGUAAAAUAUGAGUUAUACUCAGAAAAUGAAAUUCACGGAAAUUCAAUUUUAAGUUUUGAUACAAGCUCCCUUGUGGCUUGUGUUUCCCUCUGUGAUAGCACGUUUGGGUGUCUUUCGGUAAAUUUCCAUAAAGACAAUGCUAAAUGCUUGCUAACUGAUUAUUAUCCUACCGAUAAUACAAGAUCGGGCGAAGCUAGUGUCGGCUGGAAAAUAUUCUUCCGGAGAAACUUUGAUAUAGACCUGUUAGAGGGAGCAUCAGCCUGGCAGUCCUCUACAUAUGUCAAUAAAGACAUUUCGUUUACCGCUGACCAUGCUAUUGAUGGUAUUAGUGAUUGUGAUAAUCCUUCAUCGAUUGCCCACACAUACAAUAAUUUCUCUUACUGGGCAGUAGAAUUUGGUACACCCGGCCCCGUGAAGGGGGUCGAAAUCUACUUUCGGACGUCCUGUUGCUUCUAUUUCCGCAACAACAAUUUCACUGUCACUGUAUCGAAGAGCCGUGAUGACGUCACUAAUGACAAUGGAACACUCUGUGGGACAUACUACGGAUCGGCGAUUGACAAAGCACCCUUCCACCUUACAAUUAACUGUGAGAGCACAAUUUACGGAAAGUUCUUGAAAAUCAAACACGGGAUGGCGGAGAAAAUGGUGUUGUGUGAAGUCAUUGUUCAAACCCCGUAGUGAUCUUGAGAGACAUGUCUCCAAAUGAAUAUUUUAACAAUUAGUUACCAAAAUCAAAUAUAGAACCAUUUAUCGAUAUCAUUUAAGCUGAUACGAGUAUAAUUUAAAGUAUACAAGUCAUAUUUGCAUUAUUUUCUGUAUGUUUGACAGAUGAUGCUAAAUAAUGUUUCUAUAAAUAAGUACUAAACCUUUAUGAAUCGCAAAGACAUCUAGCCAUCUCUCUACUAGAAAAGCAUGAUAAUUAAAUACUUAUAAGUUUGAAGACUGUUGUACCAGCAAUUUAAGAUAAAUAUACGACCGAAGUGAUAUUACGUACUGUAUAGAGAAUCUACAGCUUUAAUAGCAAAAACUGAAUAUCCACUACAUUAGUCUGACCGUCAUUGUUUUUAGUGUAAAAGGGUGUAUUAAUAUUGAUUCAGAAUUUUAAAAAAAGUACUUUACAUGAAAUAAAAUCUGUAACAACUGCCAUGCAGAGCCUCAGAAUUGUUCACUGGUUUUGUCUCUUAUCAAUCAACCAGUAAAUCCAUUAACAUGUAGUAAGGAGGUAUUAUUGGAUUAGGCUGGAUAGAUAUCUUUAAAUGAAAAUGACUAGAUAAAUUUCGAAACAAAUUGACAUCUGAUUGGAGGCACGUUUCUCUAAAAUUCUAAUGACUUAAUAUUCUUCAUUAUUUAUACCUUGAUGUAGGCAUAGGAAAUAGAGAUCAAUAUAAUUGCACCUUUACUAAUCACACCUGUACUGUAUUACAAAACCUGUUCUAUUGUGACAUUUUAAUACAAGCAAAACUGUAUUAUCUUCACUAUAAAACACUUGCUGGUAUUUCAUUUUAUUACCUACUUGUUAAUGGUUAAUUUUUAACAUA